AUGGCAUUCUCUGAACAAAGCUAUCCUAGUUCUUCCUCGGUCAUCAGCUGGCCACUUCUCUCGGAGGAAUCGGACGCAUCAUUGCUCUCCGACGACGAUCCAUCUUUACCUGUCAAACGUAGAAAAAUGGCACGGAGAAGUGUCUCUCAUUCAUACCAUAUCACCAACACGAAGCCUUUCUGGUACAGUGAUGGCGACAUUGUUCUGGAGAUCGAGCAGCAAUGCUUCAAGAUACACCAGAGCCGUCUGAAAUGCUCUGUCAUAUUCUCGGACAUGUUAGAGGUUCCUCAGCCAGCAGACGCAGAGAGCGUAGAUGGAUGCCCUCUCGUGCAGCUGGCUGAUGCGGUUGACGACUGGAUUAUGACCAUGAAGUGGUUGUAUGAUCGCAGAAUCUUCCAGUCCUUGCCCCAUCCCAUUCCCUUCCAACUCCUUCAAGGAGCCCUCCGCAUAUCAACCAAAUAUGACAUUGCAGAUCUCCGCAAGACCACAAUCAAACAAUUGCGUGCUCGGUGGCCAUCCGAACUGGAGCGAAUGGACACGAAUUCUCUACCCCAUGCAGCAGAGGCUAUAUCACUUGCACGCGAGUGUGACGUCCUGGAGAUACUCCCGGCGGCUUUCUACGCGCUCUCUAUCCAGAGAUGGGGCUGCAAUGCUGAUGGCGGGCAGUCCCAUCAGGUGCUCACACCUGGAGACUUACGACGACUGGUCAUAGGCCGCGAGCGCCUGUCCAGUAUCUGUGCCGGGAUUCUGUUCGACCCUCUCCUCACGGAGGAUCUACCAAUUGAUGCACCAUCUCCAUUUGACGCAUGUGCGAAAUGCAGGGACGUCCUGCAGCGCUACUGGCGGGAGAAGGUGUGCUCGAGCCCAUCGUCGCCGUUUGAGUGCUGGCUCCUGCGCGAACUGCACAAGCUCAUGGUGGAAGGCGACGCUCGGUUCGAGCGUACGCUUUGUGCGCGUUGCUUAGCUUGGCAUAAAAGCGCAGUGAUCAUGAGAUUAUUUCAUCUCAAGACUUCCAUCCCGCGCAUCUUUCACCUGUCCUUCGACAAUUGA